ACUCCUCUUAAGGCCCAGAUGCAUGACUUCUGGCCCAGAAGUUUCCAGAUCUGAAGUGGAGGGUUCCCAUCAAGGUCUCCUAUAGAACCCUGGCCCCACCCUGGCUCCUUCCCCUUCUCCAGGCUAACUGAAGUUUCAAGGUCAAGGGGAACCUUUUGCCAGUACAACCUCCUGACCACCGCUCAGUUUACUUGCUCCCUCAGCACCUUGGUCCAGCUGUUCCCCCGGUAGCUCAGGAGCUUGGAGGCCCACGUCUGACCUUCCAGUCAUGACUGAGACUAGGACAUCCUUCCUCCUGUUGAUGGCCUUGGCUUCCUCCCUCUGCUUCAACUUGGACACUGACCAGCCAACAACCUUCUUCAUAGACAGUGCUGGGUUUGGAUCCAGUGUCGUUCAGUAUGCCAGCUCCUGGGUGGUUGUUGGAGCCCCCCAGGAGAUAAAGGCUGUCAACCAAACAGGCGGCCUCUACCAGUGUGACUACAGCACAGCCAUGUGUGAGCCCAUCCACCUGCAGGUUCCCCCAGAGGCUGUGAACAUGUCCCUGGGCCUGUCCCUGGCAGUCUCCACUAACACUUCUCAGCUGCUUGCCUGCGGCCCCACUGUGCACCAUGCAUGCAGGGAGAACAUGUACUUGACUGGGUUUUGUUUCCUGCUGGCCUCCCACUUACAGCAGGCCCAGAGGCUCCCAGCUGCCCUGCAGGAGUGCCCGAGGCAGGAGCAGGACAUUGCGUUCCUCAUUGAUGGAUCAGGCAGCAUCUCCUUCACUGAUUUUGCCAAGAUGUUGAAUUUCGUGAAGGCUGUGAUGAGCCAGUUCCAGAGGCCCAGCACGCAGUUCUCCCUGAUGCAGUUCUCCGAUAAAUUCCGGGUGCACUUCACUUUCAAAGACUUCAUGCGCAGCUCUGACCCUCUAGGCCUAUUGGAUUCUGUACUUCAGCUGAGAGGGUACACUCACACAGCCACAGCCAUCCGAAGGGUCAUAAACCAACUGUUCACUGCUCCCAGUGGGGCCCGGAAGGAUAUCUCCAAGAUCCUCAUCAUCAUCACUGACGGGCAGAAACAAGGUGACCACCUCAAAUAUGAGGAGGUCAUUCCUGAGGCCGAGGCAGCAGGGAUCAUCCGCUAUGCAGUCGGGGUGGGAUUGGCUUUUCAAAAUACUCGUUCCUGGAAAGAAUUAAAUGAUAUUGCAUCGAAGCCCUCCCAUGAACAUAUAUUUAAAGUGGAGAAUUUUGAUGCUUUGAGAGACAUUCAAAACCAAUUGAAAGAGAAGAUCUUUGCCAUUGAGGGUACACGGACAAUAAGCAGUAGUUCCUUUGAACUGGAGAUGUCCCAGGAGGGCUUUAGCGCUUUGAUCACGCCUGAUGGACCAGUUCUGGGGGCUGUGGGGAGCUUUAGCUGGUCUGGAGGUGCCUUCUUGUACCCCCCAAAUAUGAGGCCUACCUUCAUCAACAUGUCUCAGGAAAAUGUGGACAUGAGGGACUCUUAUCUGGGUUACUCCACAGAGUUGGUCCUUUGGAAGGGUGUGCAGAGCCUGGUCCUAGGUGCCCCCCGCCACCAGCACACCGGGAAGGUUGUCAUCUUCACCCAGGUGUCCGGGCAAUGGAGGCCGAAGGCUGAAGUUACAGGGACCCAGGUUGGCUCCUACUUCGGGGCCUCCCUCUGCUCUGUGGACGUGGAUGGAGAUGGCAGCUCUGACCUGGUCCUCAUCGGGGCUCCUCAUUACUACCAGCCGACCCAAGGGGGUGAGGUGUCUGUGUGCCCCUUGCCCCAGGGGAGGGCUAGGUGGCAGUGUGAGGCUGUUCUCCAUGGGGUGCAGGGCCAGCCCUGGGGCCGCUUUGGGGCAGCCCUGACAGUGCUGGGGGAUGUGAAUGGGGACAAGCUGACGGACGUGGCCAUCGGAGCCCCGGGAGAGCAGGAGAACAGGGGUGCUGUCUACAUAUUUCAUGGAACCACAGAAUUGGGCAUCAGCCCCUCCCACAGCCAGAGGAUUGCAGGUUCCCAGCUCUCUUCCAAGCUCCAGUAUUUUGGGCAGUCACUGAGUGGGGGUCAGGACCUCACAAUGGAUGGACUGGUGGACCUGGCUGUAGGGGCCCAGGGGCACAUGCUUCUACUCAGGACGAGACCUGUGCUCAGGGUGUGGAUGAACAUCCGCAUCAUACCUGCAGAAAUUGCCAGGUCUGUGUUUGAGUGUCAAGAGCAGAAACCCUCUGUCCGGACACUGGGUGAUGCCAAUGUCUGCCUUCACAUUUAUGAAAGUCCCAAGAACAAGCUGGGUGACCUCCAAAGCUCUGUGACCUUUGACCUGACCCUUGACCCUGGCCGCCUGAGUCCCCGUGCCACCUUUGAGGAGACAAAGACCCGGAAUCUGACUCGUGUCCGAAUCCUUGGGCUGAGACAGUACUGUGAGACCGUGAAGUUGCUCUUCCAGGCCUGUGUGGAGGACUCAGUGACUCCCAUCACCUUGCGUCUCAACUUCUCCCUGGUGGGCAUGCCUAUUCCUUCCUCCAGAAACCUCCGGCCUAUGCUGGCUGUGGAUGCUCAGAGAUACUUCACGGCCUCUCUUCCCUUUGAGAAGAACUGCGGGAUGGACCAUGUCUGCCAGGACGACCUCGCCAUCUCCUUCGGUGUCUCAGGCUUGAAGACCCUAGUGGUGGGGAGUAAUCUGGAGCUGGACAUGAAUGUGACAGUGCGUAAUGAUGGUGAGGACUCCUAUGGAACCACAGUCACCUUCUUCUACCCACCGGGGUUGUCUUACCGACGUGUGGCAGGGAGCCAGAAUCAGCUGCAGGCUCGCUCCCCACGUCUGACCUGUGACGGUGCCCCAGCCAGAGACCAGGGCACACUGAGCACCUGCUGUAGCAUCAACUACCUCAUUUUCCACCAGGGUGAUCAGAUCAUCUUUACAGCCACCUUUGAUGUCUCUUCAAAGGCUAAUCUGGGAGACCGGCUGCAUCUGAUGGCCAAUGUGAGCAGUGAGAAUAACACUCCCAGGACCAGCAAGACUACCUUCCAACUAGAGCUCCCGGUGAAGUAUGCUGUCUACACUGUGAUCAGCAGCCAUGAACAAUCCACCAGGUACCUCAACUUCUCAGACUCAGAGGGAGAAGAAAGCAGCAUGGCCCAGCAUAGAUACCAGGUGAACAACCUGGGACAGAGGGUCCUGCCUGUCAGCAUCUACUUCUCAGUGCCUGUGGAGCUGAACCAGGUGGCUGUGUGGAAGGAGAUAGAGGUCUUUCACCCCCAGAACCCAUCAAUUCAGUGCUCUUCAGGGAAAAUAUCACCCACAGAGACCAACUUCCUGACUCACUUUCAGAAGAAUCCUGUGCUGGACUGCUCUAUUGCUGACUGCCUGAGGUUCCGCUGUGACAUCCCCUCCUUUGGUAUCCAGGAGGAAAUUGACUUCAUCCUGAAGGGCAAUCUCAGCUUCAGCUGGGUCAGCCAGACAUUGAAGAAGAAGAUAUUGGUCAUGAGUGAAGCUGAAAUCACAUUCAACAAAUCUGAGUUUUCCCAGCUUCCAGGACAGGAGACAUUUUUGAGAACCAAGAUGGAGAUAGUGCUGGAGAAGUAUGAGGUCUACAACCCUGUUCCUGUUAUUGUGGGCAGCUCUGUGGGAGGACUGCUGUUGCUGGCUCUCAUCACAGCCAUCCUGUACAAGGUUGGUUUCUUCAAACGUCAGUACAAGGAAAUGAUGGAGGAAGCAAAUGGACAGACUGUCCCAGAAAAUGGGACAUCAGACCCCCAAGUUUCCCAAUAAGAACUACCUUUUGUUCUUCUUUGGACCUUCUUUCUUCUGAGAAGUUUCCUGACCCUCCUGACCUUUUUCCUGAGAUCCUGACAUACAUAUUCCACAUGAUGGGGCUAGGAUCAGGCUGCGUUCUCCCUUUGAGGAAAUACAGCGUGUUUGUACGAAGAACCUUGCCUGGGAAAGGCCAUUUGUCAUGUUAAGGCUCCAUCUGGAAACCCCAUGACAGGAUUCCUGCCAUGCCUUCUGGUUGCCUUCACUUGGAAUUUCUACCUAGAAAUACAUGGGCAAAAGCCUCAAGCUCCAAUUUCCCUUCCUUUACUAGCCACCAAUGAUCUUUCUAAAACACAGUAUUCAUCCAGCUUGUUACAGAAUAACAUCUGAACUCUCCAACUUGAUGUCUGGAAUCCAGUUCCACUUCCAAAGGUGGGCCUCAAUGCACAUGUCAUGAGUUGCUCUAUGCCUCCCUAUCAUCCUCAUUUCUAGUAAAAUACUGUCAAUAUCAGCUCUUAACUUUAUAUUGAGGAUUUUAGUCCAAAUAUCCCAAAGAGAAUUGGGAAUAUCUUACACUGGAAUUGUAAACUUAGCUUACUACCAUUGAUUAGCAUUGCUGGCUGGGAAAGAGGAGUGGAACUCCAGUGCCAGUUGGACUCAACAAGCUCCAGGGUCUUUCAGAGACCAAGAGGCUCAGGCCACUUUCUUUUUUAAAGAUACAACUUUCAGUUUAUUUAGGCUAUGUUUAAAUGACAAGAUACAAUAUAGUUUUCUAAAAACACUUGUUCUUAUUUUAAAAUGUAUUUCUACAUAUAUAUGUAUGUGUGUGCAUGCAUAUAUGUAUGUGUUUAUCUAAUACUGAUAUCAUUUUAACGUCCAUUAUUUGCUUGUUGUUGAUAGAAGUUGCUUCAUUGUGUUUUCAAACCCAAGAGUUUCUUAGAGACUGUCACAGAUCCUAGAAUUUCUGCUUUGUGUCUUUUUUUUGGUAUCAUUAAUAUACAAUUACAUGAGCAACAUUGUGGUUAUUAGAACCCCUCCUUCACCAAGUCCCCCCAACAUACCCUAUUACACUCACUGUCCAUCAGUGUAGUAAGAUGCUACAGAGUCACUACUUGUCUUCUCUGUGCUAUACUGCCUUCCUCCACUUUUAUUUUUGAGAUUCCAAAUACAGUGAAUGGAAAAAUGCCUUACAUGGUUAUACUGUGUAUUUUAAAAGUUUGCAUUAACAAAUUAGUACAAAAAGAUGUAUAUACCUUUACUGGGAAAUAUGUCAAAAAUCUAAAAUUAAAGCCUUUUGUGGACAUGAGUCUUGGAAAUGGCACCUCUGGUGUCCCCUAACCAUCGUGGAUCUUGACCAGGCCCGAGGCCAGGACAAGGUGGUUAAACAGAAUGGAGGUUAUGAACAUCCCUAUAGUGGGGAUAAAAUGACCUCUUAACAUAUUAAAAUUUUAUUCUCAAGGCUUUCACUAAUAAGAAGCUGAUGGGGCUAUAUGGGGACAAGAAGAAGGACAGCCCUCAAUAGCUGCUUGCCAAGCUGGGUAAACCAAUACACAGAUUUUCUUAGAAAUCUUGGGAGGUGUUGAAGGGGCCAUUAUUUGCAUAUAGUUAGUGAUUGGAGAGCAGUUUGAAGUCCCAUAUCAGGGUUCUGCUGCCUCCAUACGCACCCAGUAAGGUCAUUAUUAUUUUGCCAUCCAUCUCAGCAUAAAGCGGAAAGUGGUACCUGGCAUUGAGCUGAGAGUCAACACAUAGCAGGCCAUUCCCUUCCCUUUAGUGAUCUCACUGCUGUUGCCACCUCCAAAGUGCUCAAGCCAUGUGGAUGAUUUAAUUAAGAAGAAGGGGGAGGCAGUUGAUCAUGUGAUCUGACGGGAAACUGGAAAUUGACUCUUCAUCUUUGCCCCUAAUUAUCUCCCCUAUCCACCACCACAAAGUCCAAAAUUCCUUUGAAUUUUGAAGCUUUGGUCUCCAGAAAGACCAAUGAUUGUUCAAUAGACUCAAGGAAGGCUUCAGAUUAGACUUUGUAAGAAUCUGCUUUAGAACAUUGUUUCUCAAAAUGUGUUUCACGAACCACUGGUGGUCUCCUAAGUGCUAAGUUUUAGUGAAAAAGAAAAAUAGCAAGAAACUAUUUUAAACCUGUAUAUCUCACACAUUUUAAACUUGUGACUUUCACAGAAUCCUGCUGUAUCUUUAGUUAUUGUGUUCUUUAAGGUUGUCCAUGAACUCCAGAGACUGCAGUGGGCGCCUGUCUAACAUGCAGGCAACAGGUGCUGUUUUCAUAUAAUUUCCCUUUGUGUGUUAUUGGUUAUAUUAUAUUUGCAUUUCUGGGUUUGCUAUUUUGUUGUAUUAUAUUCCUAAAUUUAAAAAAUAGAUGAAUGGUUCAAAAAAAAUUGAAAAAUUAUGAAAGUUGUGAUUAAAAUAAUAAAAUAAUUGUUGCAAUUUAGAAUAAUGUCAUCUAAAUCAAUAUUGAAUAUGGUUAUAGUGUGCAUUUAGGAUAGAGUUGUAAAGGCUGGGAUAAGUGAUUGUGAGUCAAAAAAACUAAGAUAUAUUGAAAAAUCUAAGAUAUAUAGAAAAUAUGAUGCCAUCAGAAAAUUGGAUUUUUUGGGUUCAGCUAUUUGUUCCUAGGCUGUUGUCCAUAAAGAAACUUUGUCAAAUAA